UUGUAUGAUGAUCACAAUUCAUCAAUGACUUUCGUCAUUGGAUACAAUACCAUAUAUUUGUAUCGUCCAUUAUGAACACCAGAAAGCACAUUUAUACACACACACAUACACAACCAUAUUUUAGCAAGCGUAUUUUUUCUCCCCACACACACUCACCAUCGAUAGCUUUUUUCCUAUGUGCACACAUGUGAUCUUUGUGAAAUACGUCUGAUUUGGUUUCUAUGUCCAUUUUGUUAAUCAUUCGAUUCCUAUCAUCUUUUGUCAAAUAAUUUAAUCAUCAUGGGUAAUGUUUUUGCAUCAUCAAUGCCUUUACCACCAGUAUCACCUGGACAAACCGAAAUUAUUCCCGAUCCUAAACAAUUAUCUGAGACCAAUAAUCAAUCUAUUAAAAAUGUUCUCAAUAAUAAUAAUCCUGGAUCAAUGGAAGAACUUCAUAGGAAAUGCAAAGAUGUCUUUCCAAUGACAUUCGAUGGUAGCAAAGUUGUGGUCAACAAAAUGUUGAGCAAUCAUUUUCAAAUCAGUCACAAUAUUAUAAUGAGCACAGGUAGUAUUCAACCACCUGGUUACCGUUUCGGUGCUACAUAUAUUGGAACAAAACAAAUUUCCCCAUCGGAAGCUUUUCCAAUAUUUUUUGGUGAAAUCGAUCCAAAUGGCAAUCUAAACUCUCGUAUCAUACAUUUGUUGGGUGAACGUUUACGACUUAAUGUUGCGGCUCAAUUUCAAAAUUCAAAAUGUGUUGCAUCACAAUUGAUAACUGAUUAUCUUGCACCAGAAUAUACUGCCUCAAUGGCAUUGAGCAAUAUUGAUCCUGUUAGAAAUUCCGGUUUGACUGUUUUCAGCUAUUUACAUAACGUAACCAGUAAACUUUCGAUGGGAGCUGAAAUGGUCUGUCAAUAUAAUUCUAAUUUAGCCCAUUCGAUAUUGUCUGUUGCUGGCCGUUAUACAUCACCAAACAAUUAUAUUGUCAGUGGCACAAUCAACAAUAACAGUGUUCAAUUGUGUUAUUAUCAAAAAAAGAAUGAAUAUUUGCAGGUUGGCGUCCAAGUGGAAACAAAUCUAGCUGAACCGGAUAGUACAGCAUCAUUUGGUUACCAAAUCGAUUUGCCUAAAUCAAAUUUUGUCUUCAGAGGACUUGUCGAUACAAAUUGGAAUGUUGGCUGUGUGUUUGAGAAAAAGCUACUGCCAUUGCCAUUUACAUUGAUGUUUAGCGGUAUGAUCAAUCAUGUCAAAGCACAAACACGCGUCGGUCUUGGUCUUUAUGUUGGAUAAUUUUUUUUGUUACGAAUUUAUCAUUGGAAAAACCCAUUAACAGUUGGAAACAUUAACACAAUUGUAACAUUUAUUAUGAAUCGAUUAUUAGGAUUAUUUUUUUCUGAAACAAAAUAAAUCAUUUAGAGAAUUU